UUAAAAAUGAUUACCCCGCGAGUUUAUCGCACUCCCCCUCCUAGCAGAAGGUGGGUAGCACAGCCCGGAGUUGAGUACGUCAGAAGGGGCGGGGCCAGCGACAGGUAAACAUGGAUCCUGUGCUGUACGCCUUGGCUGCCGUCAUCAUUGCCGUCUUAAUCUUCUUUGUAUCACAGCUCAGACGACAGGUGAAGAAAGCUGAUCAGACUCACCAGCAAAAUGUGGCAGCUGCUGUUGGAAGGCCACGGCCUGUUAAUGAAGAUCGGGCAGCGGGUGCUCCCAGAGUGCGGCGUAAUCUUAGAUCCAGGGUAAUGGCUCGGAGACUGCAAGAAGCAGAGCAGGAAGCUGAAGUGGAUGAAGGAGAUGCAGAAAAAGUAGAUGCAGAAUUUCAUACUCAUGGCAAAAUUGGAGCUAAGAAGCAGCGGAAGUUGGAAGAAAAGGAACAGCGCAGAGCACAAAGAGAGGCUGAAGAAGCAGACAGAGAAGAACGCCGAAAGUUGCAGCUUCUGAGAGAUGAAGAGAGGAGAAAGGAUGAGGAGCGAUUGCGCCUUGAAGAGCAGAAGAAGGAAGAAGAGUUGAAAAAAGCCUGGGAAGAAAAGCAGCGCCGUGACCAUGAAGAAUACCUAAAAUUGAAAGAAUCAUUUAUCAUCGAAGAGGAAGGAAUUGAAGUCCAAGGAACAGAAGAAGAGUCUGAGAGCCUUCUGCAAAUGUUCAUCGACUACAUCAAGAGAACAAAAGUUGUUCUUUUGGAAGAGCUUGCCUCUCAUUUUGGCUUGAGGACACAGGAUGCCAUUAGCAGGCUACAAGAUUUGAUUGCCGAAGGAUCUCUAACAGGUGUCCUUGAUGAUCGUGGGAAAUUCAUUUACAUCACAGAGCAGGAACUUGCUGCUGUGGCUCAGUUUAUAAGGCAGCAAGGGCGUGUUUCGAUAGUGGAACUGGCACAAGCCAGCAACACUCUCAUUAACCUUAACCCAGACUCAAGACCUAUUCCAGAAUCUGUGACCUAAUAUUUGCUGACUUAUUUAAACAGAAAUAAAGUUAAAAGCUAAAUAUUUUUAAUUAUCACAAGUUUUGUGUUGGAGGUUUUUUUACUCUUCUGCUCUAUUUACAAGGCAAUGUGUUUGCUACCUGUGUAAGCUUAUCACAGAGGAGAAGACUGUUGCCUGCUCUCCAGAUACGGAGCUGAAGGAUUCUCAGUGUUAUCUUGCUGCUUUUGCUGAACUGCAGCCUAACUUUGUAUCUGUUUACUGUGAAAGAUUGCAGCCUCUACGCCAAAUGAGAAUUGCCAAUUCAUAAUGCGCAUUGAUAAAUGAGCUCAAAUAAUAAUUUUUGGAGAAGUGAACUAGGUAUAGUGUUAUAAAUAGUUCUACUGCUGAGAAACAGUAAUUUUUCAGCAGCAGCACAGGCUAGUGUGCAUUGUUAAAAUUUGUGUUGCAGAAUUAACAAAACUGACGAAGCUAUAAUUCUCGUAAGUCAGCAGCCGAUCAAAUUUGAAUAUCAGAUUUCAUGUAUCCAGGAAUGAAAGUUUGCUCUCUCAAUUCUAGUAACCUGAUUGUCGCUCUUUUUUGUAGUCACAUACAUUUAUGAAUUACUUGGAAGUUGAUGGAUUAUUUAAUUUAAUACAGUGGUAUAACAGGGCUGCUCAGCAGAGGCAUUGUGUAGGAGGUAGGUUAAUUGACAGGCUCUCAGUAGUGAACAUAGAACAUAGAAUAGUACAGCACAGUACAGGCCCUUCGGCCCACAAUGUUGUGCCGACCCUCAAACCCUGCCUCCCAUAUAAGCCCCCACCUUAAAUUCCUCCAUAUACCUGUCUAGUAGUCUCUUAAACUUCACUAGUGUAUCUGCCUCCACCACUGACUCAGGCAGUGCAUUCCACACACCAACCACUCUCUGAGUAAAAAACCUUCCUCUAAUAUCCCCCUUGAACUUCCCACCCCUUACCUUAAAGCCAUGUCCUCUUGUAUUGAGCAGUGGUGCUCUGGGGAAGAGGCGCUGGCUAUCCACUCUAUCUGUUCCUCUUAUUAUCUUGUACACCUCUAUCAAGUCUCCUGUCAUCCUCCUUCUCUCCAAAGAGUAAAGCCCUAGCUCCCUUAAUCUCUGAUCAUAAUCCAUACCCUCUAAACCAGGCAACAUCCUGGUAAAUCUCCUCUGUACUCUUUCCAAUGCUUCCACAUCCUUCCUAUAGUGAGGUGACCAGAACUGGACACAGUACUCCAAGUGUGGCCUAACCAGAGUUUUAUAGAGCUGCAUCAUUACAUCGCGACUCUUAAACUCUAUCCCUCGACUUGUGAAAGCUAACACCCCAUAAGCUUUCUUAACUACCCUAUCCACCUGUGAUGCAACUUUCAGGGAUCUGUGGACAUGUACCCCGAGAUCCCUCUGCUCCUCCACACUACCAAGUAUCCCGCCAUUUACUUUGUACUCUGCCUUGGAGUUCGUCCUUCCAAAGUGUACCACCUCACACUUCUCCGGGUUGAACUCCAUCUGCCACUUCUCAGCCCAUGCCUGCAUCCUAUCAAUGUCUCUCUGCAAUCUUUGACAAUCCCCUACACUAUCUACAACACCACCAACCUAGUGGGUAUAUAUUUUUGGAGUAUAUUUUUAUUUUAUUUUAUUUAAGGAUACAGUACAACAGAUCCUUCCAUCCAUCAAGCCGCACCACCCAGCAACCCACCCAGUUAACUCUCGCCUAAUUACAGGACAGUUUACAAUGACCAAUUAGCCUACUAAACGGUAUGCCUUUGGACUGUGGGAGGAAACCGGAGAACCUGGGGGAAACCCACAUGGUCAUGGGGUGAACAUACAAACUCCUUGUAGACAGCGUUGAAAUUGAAGCUGGUGACACAAGUUAUAGAAUUGCUGUGCUAUCUGCUACGCUAAUGUGUGCACGAGUAGAUUUAAUAGCCAAUCUUUAUUGCUCAUGAAUCUAAAUUUGCAUUGUAUUCAGUUACGGAAGCACCAAGUAUCAGUUAAUGUGAACAAUAACUGUUACGAGAGUCCAAAGAAAUUGACAUUCGCGGCAUCUGGUUAUGAAUGGCUUUCAAAGUGUAAUUUGAAAAGUUGGCUGUGGAUACUUAAAAAAAAAAUAAAUAAAGUUUGUUUAAGUAGCAUUUUUGUU